UCUCAUCUUCCUUAUUAAAUUCAUUCAGUCGACUUCAUUCGAGAUUUGUUCAAUACAUUUCAGAUAGUUUACUUUUGCAUUUUAAAUCAUGGAUUGGGGAAAUUGGAAUAAAUAUCCUAAAGAAUAUAAUCAUGAAAUUCACGGUCCAUAUGAUCCAGCAACUUAUUAUGGCAAACAAGAUACACCAUUUGGUCAGGUCAAACUUGGUGAAUUACCUGCAUGGCUCAGUCGACGUAAUAUAGGUCCAGCACCUUUUGCACAGUUAUUAAGCAGAGCAUACUGGCGUUGGCAACAUAAAUAUGUUUUGCCAAAAAAGAAUGGUGUUGCAUCUUUUUUCCAAGUUGCAUGUGGUGCUAUGAUAUUUUUCUACAUCCUUAAUUAUCCAAGAACAAAAUGGGAAGCUCAUUAUAAAUAUCACUAAACUCUACCUACAAUAUUAUUUUGCUGCUAGAAGGAUUAAAAAAUCGUCACACUAUCGAUUAUUCAAUAAUAAAUAAUAAUAGUCAAAUAAUCUAGUAUUCAAAUACUAUUUGAUCAAUUACUCAAUGUACAUAUUGUUGGAAACGAUAAUAAAAAUAUUUAAAUCAUCC